AUGGCUCUUCAUAACUCGGAUCGAGUUAGUCCUGAAGAUUCAAAGAAAUUGAAAGAAUAUGGGAAAGCUACUGUUCUUUACUCAGACUAUGACAGGGAUCCUCGAUGGACACUAGGAGUUCCUUCUGCUAUCAAUAUACUUGUCCUUUUGCCUUUAGUUUUAGCUAAAUUAUGUUCCAGUAAGAUCAUUUCAACAACUACGGGCUUGUAUAGCAGUAUGGUUUUGUGGGUCUUAAAUUUGUCAGGAUUUAUCUUCAUCCAGAAUAUGAUCUCAUCAUAUAACAUGGUUACGUUCUUUAAUAGCCAUUACCUGAUACUUAUAGCCUUCCAACUUAGUACGCUGAUCAUCCUCACAUUUCAGGUGCUGAUUUCAGCAUGGGAAUUACGUCGCCAAAAGGCUCAGUGGCCAGUUUUCAAAAUAUCAAAUAUUUUAACUCUCAACACAGUGUUUUUAAUAACAAGAAUUGCCUUGGGGGUUGUCAUGAUUAAUGUCUUCCGGUAUUCAUCAAUGUGGAAUGGUGCAACUGAUCCCAAAUAUGAAAUGUUAUUGAGUUAUAACUGGUAUAAUCCCAGGAUUAAACUUCCAGAGUAUUUGGUAUACCCUGUCCUUGUUGCACUUACAUACAAUGUGGUUGUGUCAAUUGAAAAUGUGCUUUCCCAUCUACUUGGUCAUCUUCAUAAAAAUAUGAUGUCAUUCACAGCUUCAGUGGCUACGUUAUUUUAUGGUGGAGUCAUUUUUGGUACCUCCCCUAUUUAUUUAGGGAUGGUUUUUGCUGUCUCACCAUCACCUGAAACAAUGAACUUUGCUGUUGGGUUAAUGUUCCUGUGCUUGAUACAUGCUAUUUUAAGUGUAGCAAAGCCAUCAUUGAUGAAUGGCUACUUCCCUCUUGAUGCAUUGUUGUCCAAUUCCCAGUUGCAUCCAUCACUUGUUUACAGUGCUGAUGAUAUCAAGACAAGAGUUGCUGCACUGAGAAAUAAAUUCAGGGGAAGUGAUACAUUACUCUACAACACCAUUGCUACAGUUCUCAGUGGUUUAGCCGUAAUACUAGCAAUCUGCAAUGAAGUGUGGUGGUGGGCAGGUAUGGUUAUGGUUUGUGGGAAUGUAGCCAUCCUUAAUCGACUAUUACCAGCAUUGAUUGUAGAGACUAUGUUUCAGAAAGGGGAAAAUACACCUAUUCUAAAGGAAUUAAUGCAUAUUGUCUUGGAAUGUGUUUUGCUCCUUAUUGGUGUAAUUGGAAGCUUCAGUUGGUUCUAUGGUGCAAUGGCAGCUGCAAUUAUCAUCAACAUUCUUUUGAUUCUCUCACAGAUCUAUAGAUUCUGUAAACUUAGAGCAAUGCAAGCGUCUGUUAGGAGCCUGAACACUGACCUGGCCAAUCAGCCAAAAAGUGGAUUGCUCGUGGAUAAUCUUGAACCUGGAGAUGAAGAAGAGGCUACAAAAGUCCAUUAGGCUGUGUGAAAAAUAUGAUGUAAUAAUCAUCCCCUGCAUUACCAGCUAUUUGAAAAAAAAGUUCAUGUUUUGGUGGAAUUUGAACUUGAGUGACCUAAUAUAUUCAAGAGAACAUAUAGUACAUACAAUUUCCA